AUGCGCGUCACAUACGCGUACCGUGCGACAGCAGCGGUGGUUGCGAUGGCUAUUCAAACACGAACAGCGGCCGCACGUCGCUCGCCGCGCUUGGCAGCAGAGGUCAGGCGCCGGCACGGCAGCAGCGGAGCUUUCAAUGCAGGGCCGUGUCCACCCCGCGAGCCAUUGGGCGUCGGUAACCGACGCGCCGUUGCCGCCUCGGCACGAGCGAAAUCAUCGUCACCUCUUGCUGCUGGAGCGGAGAGCUCCGGCGCUGAUGCCCGCCCGAAACGGCGAAUAAAGCGGGUUUCCAAGCCGAAAGGCGUCACGGCCGCUGCCGGGGUCAAGAAGAAGACGACGUGUACACUGGGAAGGACGAGAGAGAAUAGGAAGCUCGCUGAGGGGUUCGACGCCGUGAUUGGGGUCGACGAAGCAGGGAGAGGACCGUUUGCAGGGCCGGUUGUCGCAGCCGCGUGUAUGAUUCCCCCGGACGUGAACAUCCUCGGCAUACAGGACAGCAAGAAGAUCACGCAACACAGCGACCGGGAGACCCUGUUCAAGGAGUUGACGGAGACACCGGGCGUCGUCUGGGCUGCGUCUGAGGUCGGAAGCAGCCGAAUUGAUGAGAUCAACAUCCUCGAGGCCACGAAAGAGGCCAUGACGAACUGCGUGCUUGAAGUGUGCUCCAAAUCUGUGGAAGCCAGCGCCAACAAGAGCACGAACACGAAGAAGAAGAAGAACACCUCCGACAAGAAGCCGUUUGUGCUGGUGGACGGGAACUUCACGCCCCCCGGGCUGGGGGAUGCGAAGGUCGAAGCCGAGUGCGUCGUCGGAGGGGACGGUCUGGAGUACUGCAUCGCCGCCGCGAGCAUCAUCGCCAAAGUCACGCGAGAUCGGCUCAUGAUCGAGUUCGGGGAGCGCUGGCCUGUCUUCGGGUUCGAGAGGCACAAGGGUUACGGCACGGCCGCCCAUCGCGACGCCAUUCGCGAGCACGGUAUGGUGGAGAUCCACCGCAGGAGCUUUCUGAAGAAUAUGGAGUCCGCGGGGGGGAAAUUGGCGGAGUACAAAGGGUAAAUGACUGAAAGCUGGUUAACUACUGUAGAGCGAGCCGGGGGGUAGAUAAGAAUAGGUCAGACAGAUAGGGACACGACUUAAUAACUGAUCAGCAAGAAAUGAUGCCCAUUUCUAAGCCAAAAGGAUGACGAAGAAUAGCGGCGCUACCGGUACGUUGUUAGGUACGGCGAAAGACUCCGUAUUGUAAGCAAGGGAUGGUCAUCGCUGGAACAGCGUGAGAGUGGUGUAGAUUGGAUGCGCUACACCCAGAGUUGAGGCUAUGACGCAGAAUAGGUUGAUAGUGGUAAGGAAUAGAUUCACUCCGACAGGGUUUCCAGAGUGAGGCUGUGACGCGGCAAGCGCACACUUGGUGUGGAUGUAUUUUUGAGGAAAGAGUACCUGCUUUGAGAACAUAGUCACGGUGGAGGAGUUAUUUUUUGCGCAAAUACGGAAGACUUUGCUUUCCACUAAUCGUUCCAUCUACAAGAGGUGUUUUUGGUCUGUUCGCGGCGACCGUAAUCCUGAUCAAGAAUGGUUUGUGGGCUACAUGUAAGCUUAGCUGCGAGAGAAACCCGACUAGUCUAGCCUAGAAGUUGUAGGUUUUUGCAGACAUUUAUUUGUACACCACAACUUCUGCCACAUUUUUUUUCAGAACGGCAAGUUUGUUGAAGGCGUUGAAAAAACAAACCGAGUUUCUAUAGCGUUUUUAUUGGGGGUACGCGGGAAAGUAUGUGCGUAGUACGCCCCCACCUAAACGAGAGAAGGAGUAUAGUUCUUCCACUCUUAAUUUGUUUUUGUUCAAUCACAGUCUUCGCGUGCCUAAGGGUACAGCGCAGAAAACGAGCACUGUCGACGCAUAGAAAGACGUCUAGUGGUUUACCAGACUCAGGAGUUGACAACAGGUUGAGUAUUUCUCACCCUCCAACCCCUUUUUAUUGAGAACGUGGGGUAAAGGAGAGGGCCGACUUCAGUUGCAAUAGUGAGGCGAAAGUAGGGGACCAUUUUCGGGGCUUGGUCAUCUGAGACCCACUGCGUGCAGUAAGGUUGGUUCCCAUCACCGGAGGAAAGAGGACGCUCGGCUGCUGUUUGGAGGG